CCUCAUAUAUCUGCACUAAGUGAUGUCAUAAAAGUGUGGACUUCUUUUGGAAUGGGCUAUUUGGGAAAGGUAGAUUUUCGUCCAUCUAGAACUGAUUGGAUUGUUUGAAGUUGGGACAUGUUGCUAAUUGUUAAUCGCUGUGAUCUUGAUGGUGUCAAGGAACUAUACAAAAAAGGCUUUCACCAAAAAUGACUUUAUUGCUAAACUUUGCAAAAUGCUGCUAAAGAACUCUUUAUUUAUUUUUGCUUUAGUUAAAUAUUGAUUUUUGUUGAAUGCUUAAUGUGGACUUUUUUGUUAUUUUUUUCGCAAGAGUGCUUAUGUUUUUACCACAUACUUUUAUUUUGAAAUAUGAGAGGAAGUGGUGAGGCGCUGCUCGUGUAUUUUCGCGCACUUUCUAAGUGAAGCGUUAGGUGAUCGUUUUUGUACAUGCUGUGAAAAAGAUUUAUUUCUCCAACUAAGCUCCUGGCUGACAAAGGGCACAAGGUAUGUUUGGUGAUGAAGUGUCAGUGAUGGAGGGAGAUUCUGUUACUCUACACACUAAUGAUGCUGACAUACAGAAACCUGAUGCGACAGUAAUAUGGACAUUUGGGGCUCAAAAAACUCGUAUAGCUAGAAUCAAUAGAGCAGCUAAUAAGGAACCAAUAUAUGAUGCUGAUGUUCUUGAUGGGAGAUUCAGAGACAGACUGAAGAUUAAUGAUCAGACUGGAGACCUCACCAUCACAAACAUCAAAACCACAGACUCUGGGCUGUAUGAAGUACAGAUACUUGUCGGAAGUAAGAAUAUACCGAAGAGGUUUAAUAUUAAAGGUGUGAGUAACCCAGGAUCAGAUCAACUAAAGUCAGUGUCAGUAAAGGAUGGAGAUUCUGUUACUCUACUCACUGAUGUUCCAGAUAUAAAGACAUAUGAUGGGAUACAGUGGAGAUGUCAAGGGAUUCGUAUAGCCCAAUUUGAUAAAUCAGCCAGUAACAUUUCAGAAAACGAUGACAUUCAAGAUAAAAGAUUCAGAGACAAACUGCAGCUAGAUGUUCAGACUGGGUCUCUUAAAAUCAAGAACAUAAGAAUGAAUCUCUCUGGACUUUAUGAAGUAGAGAUCAGCAGCAGCAAUUACACCAUUCAUCAGUUAUUUACAGUUACUGUCAGUGGUGAAGUGAAGUCAGUGUCAGUGAAGAAGGGUGAUCCUGUCACAAUAUACACUGAUGUUCCUGACAUUAAAACCUAUGAUCAGAUACUGUUGAUCUUUGGGUGUGAUGACAGGAUUGCUGAAGUAAAUAAACAGAACAAACAGUUCACUCUAGAUAAGCGAUUCAGAGAAAGAAUGACACUGAAUAAUCAGACCGGAGAUGUCACUAUCAAAGAUAUCAGAAUUGAAGAUGCUGGAGAUUAUGAACUGAAGAUGAGUAGCAGAAGACGAACCAUUCAGAGGAGAUUCAGAGUUAAUGUCAGUGAGCCAGGUCUGUCUCCAGCUGCUAUAGCAGGAAUAUCUGGUGUCUUAAUCCUGCUUAUGGCUGUUGUGAUUAUCUAUCGCCGUAAGAUCGCUGAAUGGCUGGGUGGAAUGAAAACAGUGAAAGUGAUUGAGGGAGAAUCUGUUGAUCUGAAGACUAAAGUUAAAGACAUAAAGACAGCUCUGAUAGAGUGGAGAUUUGGAGAAACUCUCAUAGCUGAAAUCAAUCCUGCCAAAAAUAUCUUCACUACAUAUAAUGAUGAUCUAUUCAAAGCUAAACUGAAGCUGAAUCCUCAGACUGGAGAUCUUAACAUCAGUGACAUCAGACGGGAACACAUUGGAGUUUAUAAACUGAAGAUCAUCAGAAAUAAAAAAACUUCAUACAGAAGAUUCUAUGUGUCUGUCAGAUAUGAAACACGGCCAUUGCAAGUGUAUGAGGGAGAAUCUGUUAAUCUGAAGACUAAAGUUAAAAACAUACAGAGAGAUGAUGUGAUAGAGUGGAGAUUUAAUGAAACUCUCAUAGCAAAAAACAAUCCUGCAAACAAUAUCUUCAGUACAUAUAAUGGUGUUAAUGAUCUAUUCAGAGAUAAACUGGAGCUGAAUCGUCAGACUGGAGAUCUCAACAUCAAAGACAUCAGAGAGGAACAUUGUGGAGUUUAUAAACUGAAGAUCACCAGAGGUGGAAAAACCUCAUACAGGAGAUUCAAAGUGUCUGUCAAAUGGAAUGUAGAAACACUCUCAGUAAAUGAGGGAGAAUCUGCUGAUCUGAAGACUGAAGUUAAAAACAUAAAGAGAGAUGAUGUGAUAGAGUGGACAUUUGGAGAAACUCUCAUAGCUGAAAUCAAUCCUUCCAGCAAUAUCUCCAGUACAUAUGAUGGUGAUGAUGAUAAAGGUCUAUUCAGAGGUAAACUAGAUCUGAAUCCUCAGACUGGAGAUCUCAACAUCAAAGACUUCAGAGAGAAACAUGAUGGAGUUUAUAAACUGAAGAUCAUCAGAGGUGGAAAAACCAAAUACACGAGAUUCAGAGUGUUUGUCAGAUCUUCCCGAGAAGGAGAUUCAGUGGAGACGAGAGGAGGAGAUUCAGUGGGGAUAGAGAUGGAUCCGUUGUUGAAGAAUAGCAGAGAGUAGAAGUGAUCUUCCUCUAAUCAUCAUCAUCAAUAUUACAAACACAUCAGCAUCACAUCACUAAUAACACCAACCCCCAUCAAUGAGUUUAAACAAUCAACCUGUGAGUGCUCAUGAACUAGAGGAAAAUAUUUCCUUUUGAUUUGCAGACAUAUAAACAUUUCAAUGGCUUGAAGUGAAUAAAAAUAUAAGUAUUUUUAUAAAUAUAAUAAAAGUCAGUAAAAUUAAAGUUGAUGGAACACAUCGGUUGUUCACACUGAUCUACAGACAAACUCUGAUAUUAUUUUAAACAUGUCAGAUUUCAUAUCUGUUUCUAGAUGCAGUCAUUGUGUACUGAAUCUAAUAUUUGUUGUUUCAUAUACAACUUUAACAGUGUUAUAAAAAAAAGCCUAAAGAUCUCAUGUAUAGCUAGCAUAUGUACUCCAGCAGUAUUUCAGACUGAUUUUUGUCUUUUUGUUGAUUUUAGUUGACAUCAAAACUCUCUGUCCCUGUGUCCUAGUAUGCAUACUUCACUCAUAUACAGUAUGCAAAACUAUGUGUUUAAAUACGUAAAUGUGAAUCUUCAGAUGAAACUGUGUGUUAUUGUUAAUCUGAUGAGCUGCUGAUCUUCACUUCUAGUUAGUGUCUAACUAGUGGUCAGUUUUCUAUCCCAUAAUGCCACAGAUGCCGAGGAGCCAUCAGAUGUGAACUUGUGAACUGGACUCGUUUAAUUGUUUUCUAGUGUAGUUGUGUUGUGUUCUUGUAGUUUAAUUGAUAGCGUGUGAUGCUAGCAGCAGCUUUAGUGAAUAUUUUCAGCCGUGCAUAAAUGCUUUUAUGUUCAAAUGUAUGAGAUACCGUACAUGUAACAAAAACAGUAUUCCUGUGCUUAAAUUACUUGAAACACAUUGUUUACAUAUUAUUAUCAGGAA